AUGACAGACCCCUCCACAGCGGCAUCACCACCAGAUGGCGUCGACGAAGAAACAUGGACGAUCAUCCAAGUGAUGGGCUUCGGCAGUUUCAAGAGCACAAAGGAGACGAAGGUGCCCGGGAACGAGAGGAAUUACGGCGUCAGGAAGGAUAAGGUGUUGAAGGCGAGGCAGUAUAUGAAUCGUGUUGGUGGGUUCAAUAGGCCGUUGAGUCCGACGAGGGGUUGA